AUGCAUUCCAACUACAUUUUGUCCGCGCUUGCCCUAGCUCUUCCCGUAUACUCGCUUAGCUCCACCGCCAGUAUGGGCUGCUACUCUGCUAUCGAAUCAUUCAAGAACCAGGGCCCCUACACCUACCAAUCACCAGGACAUUGCCAGGCCCAAUGCGCAGAGGACAAUUACAAGGUCGCUGCUCUGAGCCGUGGCAACAUGUGCUACUGCGGCAACGAAAUGCCCCCAGAUUCGGCUAAGAUCGCCGACAGUAAAUGUGAUGUGCCCUGCGCUGGAUGGCCUGCAGGAAGCUGUGGCGGCGCGGAUACCUUUAAUCUCAUCCAGGCGGCUGAGAAUCUCCAACCGUCUGCAUCUGAAAAUGCCUCCACUACUAUUGCACCCACUGCUGCCACCGCAGCUGGCGGAAUCAUUGUCGCUGCCUCAACAGCCAACCCACCAACCAGCAUCGUGACCGCGGUAUCAACUGCCAACUCUAAGAGUGGCAACGUUUUAUCGAAGUCCGCUGUCUUCGCCUCCGCAACUGCCACGCCCACGCCCACAAACAACGCUGCUGGAACAGUCUGCGCGGGAUCCUCACUGCUUGGCGCUGUUUUUGUGGGUAUGGGCUUGCUUCUGUGA